AUGACAACCUCAACUGAAAGACCACUCAUUUAUGAAAAUCCCGAACUCUCCAGUUCAAGAAAACCGGGUACCACCGUGACGUUAAAAUAUGGUCACGGGCCAUUGCCUAAGGAGUUGAAGAACAAGAAGAUUUUCUUCUUUGAUAUCGACAAUUGCCUUUACGAGCGAUCAACCAAAAUUCACGACAUGAUGCAAGUCAAGAUACAUAACUAUUUCAAAGAAAAUUUGCAGUUAAACGAUGACGAGGCUCACACGUUGCACAUGAACUACUACAAGACAUAUGGGUUGGCUCUUGAAGGGUUAGUAAGGAAUCACCAAGUAGACGCUCUCGAGUACAAUUCCCAGGUGGAUGACUCUCUUGAUUUGAAGUCUGUUUUAUCUUACAAUGAGCAAUUGCGGAACAUGAUCCUUGAGAUCAAGAACUCCCACAAGUAUGAUGUGUUGUGGCUCAUUACUAACGCCUACAAGAACCACGCGUUGCGAGUGAUUUCCUUUUUGGGUCUUGGCGACUUGUUUGACGGCUUGACGUACUGUGACUAUUCUGAGUGUCCCAUCGUCUGUAAACCCAUGAAAGAGUUCUUUUACAGGUGCCUUGACACCGUGCAAGUCGACAAGGAAAGCACGCAAGCAUUGGGCCAACUUUCAUUUGUGGACGAUAGCGAGAUCAACGUCAAGGCAGCGUUUGACCUUGGGUUUGGCCGUGUUUACCACUACGUGGAAGUGGAGAAGGAAUAUGAGCAACUCAAGCAGAAACCCGAUUUCGAUAAGUACUACGGUCUGUCGAAUGACGACCGAAAAAUCACAAUUCUCCGCAACAUUCUUGACCUUCAAAAGCAUGCUUUAUAG